CCCCUCUCUGAAAAACUCACGUGCCUGCCACCUGCAGUAUUCAGUCCUUUGCUCUGUUUCUCUUCUUCAAUUUCUCCACUGUAUUCCUGCCACAUUGUCAAUGCAGCAUGUACGACGUCGUUUUCAUCUAUGUAGUUGGUAGUUAUAGGCUGAUUUUAGUAAUACUGCUAGAAAAGAUGUUGACAAGUUUAAAAAGAGUAAAAGAGUGAAAAGUUUCUCUCUUAAAAGUAACAAAAAUGGCGGAACAGCCUAUGCCAAAGUCACCUCCCGGUUACAUUGACUUGUAUGCUAAACGUCGUCAUCAGGCUAAACUUCAGGUUUUAGAAAGAGAAAUUGAUUUCCUUCAGGAGGAGUUGAAGUCACUUGAGAAAGUUCAACCUACUUCUAGGUGCUGCGAAGAGAUUAAUGACUUUGUAGCAGCAAAACCAGAUCCCUUUGUUGCAGAAUAUCAGAAGUCUAACUCUAACCAGUCAGGUUGUUCGUGUUCAUGGAGGAGAAUCAGGAAAAAUUUGUGUUUUGAAUCGUCGUGGAAUUGCUGUUUCAGUGGAUGCUGUCGAUCAGAUAAGGAACAUCAACAGCAAGCUCGGAAAAAGCACUGUUGUCUGAGAGAGAACUGUUGUCCUAAAUGUUGUUGUGGUUUUAAAGGUUGUUCAUGUUUUUCUCAGAAAUGCUGCUUACUGAAGCUGUGCUCUAGUAAUUGCUGUAAGGCAAAGCUUUGCUCCAAUUGUGUUCUAGAUUGUUGUUGUUCUUGUUGCCAAUAACAACGGACCUUUAUUUUUAUUAAGUUAGAUCUUUUAGGGGUUUUAUUAUAUGUAUCCAUCGUACAAUAAAUCCUGCAAAGGAGCAGUUAUACUUUUGAUUAUA